AUGGAGAUAAUAAUUUGCCUAGUAUUUACUGGCUUUUGUUUUUUCUUUCUCUCCGAACUUGCAUCUUCCCAAAUGUUGGCAAGCUGUGUUUUCUCAGCUUUUAGGACAUUGAAAGAAACCCAAAAGGGAGUUUCAGCUUUCUACAACCAUUUUUAUCAAAUUGUUGCAGAUUUUUUUUACUCUGUGGGUUUAGGGCUUGGAAAGACUGAUUCUCCCCAAGCAAGUUUUCGGAAAAGUAUCAGCAAUGAAAGGACAUUUUCUGCCACUGAGGACGAAGUGCUGUUGCAGAAAAAACUGGUGGAGCUUGCUGAAAUGCUGUCCACAGACAUGCAGAAAGAGGGCCUUCAUGGGCGAACGUUGACUCUUAAACUGAAAACUACUUCUUUUGAGGUUCGGAAUAGAGCUGUGACUUUACAAAACUACAUCAACUCAAGUGAGGAUAUUCUGAAGCAUGCAUCAAAAUUGCUGAAAGCUGAACUUCCCGUUUCAGUAAGAUUAAUAGGUCUUAGAGUAUCACAGUUUAACGGAGAUAAAAGUGGUAGUGGUGCUACCCCUGAUCGUACACAGAAGACUAUUACCAAUUUCAUUACUUCAGGAGAAGCCAAUAGGAAAAAGGAUCCUUUUUCAGAUGUUACAGAUCAUGACUUUAUCAGUGAUAUAGAAACUGAUCCUUCGAUUGAUGUUGGGCACACAAGCCAGCUUGAUAGCAGAGAUCCUUUUGAUGGUAAUCAUUCAUUAGAUGUAAAUCACCAAAGCUGCACUCUCUGGAAAAAUGAUGGUGCAGAGAAGGUACAAACUUCUGGUAAUGAUGCUGCAAGUUCUCACCACAGUGCAUGUACAGAGAUGCUUGGAUCAACUUCAUUCCAGGGGAAGUUUGAGGGGAAAAAUGUGAAUGAUGGGUCUAAUCUUCUGGAGGAGGAUAGACUUAAUUCUUGUCAGGAAACAACAAUGUUGUGGUUGAAUGACUAUAAAUGUUCACUCUGUGGAAUAGAACUUCCUCCAAGUUUUGUUGAGGAAAGAUUAGAGCAUUCUGAUUUCCAUUUUGCUGAGAAGCUUCAAAAGGAAGAAUCAAGUAUUCGCCAAACAUCUAUUCCGAUUCAAAGUCAGGAUCAAAAGCACCGAAUCAAUAGACAAAGCAAAUCCAAGAAGCAAAAGUUGUCGCAGAGAGAGGGCCGAUAUACGCCCAUUGAUUAUUUUUUUGUUAAGGAGUAAUCAAAGCUUUAAGUUAUUAUUGUAUAAUUUGUAUCUUAUUUUGCCUCACAUCAAUAAUUUCUAAGUCUCUAGGAAUGUCUUUUCUCCACAUAAGAUAAAAUAUGUAUAGUUGUAUUAUGAAUCUUGAUAUGAUUAAUAAAAUAGUCUCAUUCAUUCA